AUUAUACUUGGACCAUCUGUGUUAAGCCGGAAGAAGAGAUUUCGUGAAUAUAUGUUCCCUGAAGAUUCAGAUUUUGUGCUGAAAAAUAUUGGAGUAAUAGGGUUCAUGUACUUCCUCUUCUUGAGUGGAGUGAAAAUGGAUCUUUCUGUGAUAAAGAGAGUAGGAAAAAAACAUUGGUAUAUUGCUCUGUCUGGGGUGCUUGUACCACUUUGUACUACUGGAAUUACAGCAAUUAUACUAAGAAAAUCUCAGGAGAAAGAACUUGCAACGGCUCUUUCAGUUUUGGGAGUUUCAUCGGCUUUGUCUAUCACAGCAUUUCCUGUUCUUUAUCCUAUAGUGAGAGAGCUCAAUCUUCUUAGUUCUGAUAUCGGACGAAUGGCUUUAUCAACAGCAGUAAUUAGUGAUAUUAUAGGAAUUCAAGGGAUAAUUAUGUUUGAGGCAUGUAAACAAGGAGAAGAGAGGACUACAACUGCUUUGUGGUACUUGAUUUCGUUAAUAGUUGUUAUGGUAUCGAUUAUUGGUGGUGUUCGACAGGCCAUGCUAUGGAUUGUAAGAACGACACCUGAAGGAAAGCCGGUUGAUCAAAUUUAUGUGAUUGGCAUAUUACUGGGCGUUCUGGUUGCCGGUUUUGUUGCUGAUAUGGGUGGUUUAGCCAUGGCAAACGGGCCACUGUGGCUUGGUUUGGCCGUUCCAGAUGGCCCUCCUUUGGGAGCCACUCUAGUGCAGAAGAGUGAAACUAUUAUAAUGGACCUACUUAUGCCAUUUUCUUUUAUUUUUGUGGGAAUGACCACAGAUGUGUACAGUAUAAUUACCCAAUGGUCACAUCUGCAACCUCUGUUUUACAUGGCUUUAGUCGCAUAUAUGGCUAAAACGGUUUCGACUCUUAUUGCUUCUCGUUUCUUUGACAUGUCGAUUACAGAUAGUUUCACCCUUAGCCUCAUAAUGAGUUUAAGAGGGGAAGUGGAGCUUCUAUUGUUCAUCCACUGGAUGGAUUUUAAGAUGAUUGCUAAGCCACAUUUCUCAAUGUUGGUAAUAUUGACAGUUACUGUGACUUCUAUAGUUACACCACUUAUAAGUGUACUCUAUGAUCCCACAAGACCUUAUAUGGUUAACAAGAGAAGAACUAUUCAGCAUACCCCUCCCAAUACAGAACUCCAUAUUGUAGCUUGCAUAGAUGGUGAAGAAAGUUUGGCUGGAGUUUUUAACUUACUUGAAGUCUCCAAUCCAACCAUUAACAGUCCUUUCAAGGUUUAUGCGUUACGCCUCAUGGAGCUUGAGGGUCGUGCUGCCCCAGUGUUCAUAGAUCACGAGAAUCAAGAAAAUGGUUCUGAUGCUGACUUCAAUUCGGUUUAUAAUGCUUUGAAAAUUUUUGAGGAGGCCAGUGGUAAAUACAUAAAGAUACAUUCAUUUACUACAAUAACCUCCAAGAGAAGCGUGUACCAAGAUAUUUGUGAGCUAGCACUUGUUAAAAAAGCUUCUCUAAUAAUCCUGCCACUAUACAAGAAACAUUUGAACAACUUCAAUGGAACAGAAUUGCUGGCACAAGGAAAUAUAUCUGUGAAUGCAAACAUUUUGAAACACGCACCUUGCUCAGUUGGAAUUCUAGUGAAUAAAGGAAGUUGUUACAAAAAACAUCUUGUGAACAGUUCCGCUAGGCUUUCAGCUCACCAUUUUGCUGUUCUUUUCUUGGGUGGAUCGGAUGCUAGAGAGGCACUAGCUUAUGCAGAUCGAGUGGCUGCUAAUCCAGAUGUAUCGUUAACUGUCACUAGAUUUCUUACACAUAACAACGAGGGAGAAAACAAGAUGGAGAAGAAACUUGAUGAUGGUCUGGUGACAUGGUUUUGGGUGAAGAAUGAACGAAACAAUCAGGUUGUUUAUCAAGAAGUCGUGGUGAAGAAUGGGUUAGAAACCAUUGCUGCAAUUCAGGCGAUGAAUACUGUAUACUAUGAUCUUUGGAUUGUUGGAAGGAAGCAUGGGAUAAAUCCUGCUCUUUUACGAGGAUUAUCGUAUUGGGGUGAAAACAAUGAGCUUGGAAUUAUAGGAGAUUUUGUUGCCUCUGCGGAUUUCGGCAGCCCAGGUUCUGUUUUAGUAGUGCAACAGCAAAUUCUAAGAGACCAAGAGAGUGCUUCAGGUAGUUUCUGAAAAGAUUUUCUUUCCGUACAUAAUGGCAGCAGAUUGUAUAUAUGUUCAUCAAUAGAAAAGAAUCAACUUAUUCGUUAGACAUAAUUUGUACAUUUUGGCAAUGCACAGUAUACGACUUCUUGUCAGAGA